GUGCGUGCUUACGUCAUGACGCUGCAUCAGCUGUUGACAGCUCCGUUCUAUCUCGACCUCCGGGUGCUCUCGUGCAUGCACCACUCUCCGAACCCUCGCUGUCAUUGAGGAACGUUUUUAACCGGCUCAUGCUGUUAGUCGACCGACCGGUACCGGAGCAACAUAUGCUGCCAUGAGUGCUUUGUGUCGCCUGAUCCGGAGCCAGAGAGCACUGCUGAACGGCCGGCCGGCGUGCCGUUUAUUCCCCGUACAGCAGGAUGUGUGUGGCGGGGUGUCUCCGGUGUCUCUCACGGUCCGGACAGCCAGCUCAUCCAGCCCAGUCAACUUGACCUAUGAUGUCUUCGAUGGGAAGGGAGAGGGCACUCCCCUGGUGUUUCUCCACGGCCUUUUUGGCAGCAAAUCGAACUUCCACUCAAUAGCGAAGUCCUUGGUGCAGCGCACAGGCCGAAAGGUGCUGACUGUAGAUGCCCGUAACCAUGGCAACAGCCCUCACAGCCCAGAGCUGACCUAUGAAGCGAUGACCGAUGACUUGAAACACCUCCUCGCCCAGCUGCGCAUCGAAAAGUGCGUCCUCGUCGGCCACAGCAUGGGAGGGAAAACGGCCAUGACGACCGCCCUGACGCAGUCUGGUUUAGUGGAGAGGCUGGUGGUAGUGGACAUCAGUCCAGCCCAGAGCUCCACACGCACCAACUUCCACUUUUACAUCCGGGCCAUGCAGGAGGUGAAGAUCUCCAGUGACAUCCCACGUUCCACCGCCAGACGGAUGGCUGAGGAUCAGCUGCGCAGUUUGGUCAAGGAGCGCUCGGUGCGUCAGUUCCUGCUGACUAACCUGGUGGAGCAGAACGGCCACUAUGCCUGGAGGGUCAACCUGGAGGCCAUCUCGGCGCACCUUGAUGACAUCAUGAGCUUCCCCCAAUUUAACACUGUCUAUGACGGACCAACACUGUUUUUGGGUGGAGCCAGUUCUGCUUACAUCAGCUCCGACGAUUACCCAGAGAUCCAGAGGCUGUUCCCUAACGCUGACAUCCAGUACAUCCCAGACGCGAGCCACUGGAUCCACGCAGAUAAACCCUUAGACUUCAUCAGCUCCAUCAGCUCCUUCCUCAAGUCUUAGCUGCCUCCGGAACUACGCCUCCGAACUUUUUUUGAAUGCUCAGCACCCCUGAGCCUACCCUCACUGAAGAUGACGGUUAGUAUUCAGCAGCUUCAGCAAGAGGAGCCAUUAAUGAUGCUAAUAUUUGCCAACACUGGACCAAACUCACCCUUUUACAGCAGUCAGUCCUUUUAACAAUAGUACUGUGGCGUUUUCUUUUGUUUACUCUCUCUGCCAGACAGGUAGUGUUACUAGAUUGGCUGGUUUCAUUGAUUUAUAGGUUUGCUAGGUAGACAAUAUUUAACAUAACAGGGCUGUUUUGGAGGUGAUGUACUAAUCCAAAGAAACUCUCAUUUGCACAGUGCUUUCUUUAUGUUGAAACAUUGACGCCAGUAUGAUAGAAAAGUUGACCAAGUAUAACGUGGGACCAGUGGACCAGCAAGUACGAUGGUUGAUUAUGGACGUUUUGACAGCACUGGAAUGAAACAAAUACUGUAUAUCUGGGAAGCUGAGUGAAGAAUGUGCAAAACAAGAGUUUGCAUAAGGGAGUUUGGUGUCGUGGCUGUAAUGCAGACUUUAUGUGUACAGAUGGUUUGUUGUAGAAACUUAUUUAAUGUCGAUAUUAGUGAUAUAUUCAAUAUUUUGGUCUGGAACUUUAUUCCUCGCGUCCUCUCCUCUGUGUAUCUGCUGUACGGCAGAGAUGAGGCUUUACAGGUCAGUGACUUUGUCACAACUCAAGGUCAUCGAGAGCGCUGGUUACAUUUUUACGCCGACGUAAUCAUCAUGAAAACCAAGCUGAAACACCCAAAUGCGGUAUUGUCACAAUCUGUUUCCUGAAUAUCUCAGGUUACAAGUGGAUAUGCUAAUUAUUAUACUCUUCUCCCGUCUGUCUGGCAGUAAGCCGUAGUAAUGUCGUUGUGUCUUUGUAUUUGGUCAGUCCAAUCAGUGUUUUGAUGAGAACAUGUUUUACCGAUUUAUUAUCCGUUAUCUCACUUAUCUUUAAGACGCAAGGCCAUAUGGGGUAUCUCACAAAUAUAUGCUGCAGCAGUGGAAGUCGUUAUCUAAUCGUAAUAGUGUUACUAUCAUUUCUGUUUCCAUGGGUGUGAGCAGUCCAGUCCAGUAGUGAAACUGCCAUCUGUAUGAAUAAGCAGGGUGUUGUAAUAAAUGUGUGCCUCUUUUGUCGAAAACUCCUUUUCCAUUUAUGUAAAACUUAAUAAUAAAAAAAAACCUUUUACUCUACAAUAAUAACUAGCAGACUUUAGAUUGGCAGCUGGGUUGCCAGUUCUGUGUGAAUUUUAUCACAAGGAAGCUUAACAGCGCUAGAUGUUUACAACAAUCAGUGUUUUACGUUUGUUUGAUGUGAAUACAGAGGUCUAACAGGCUUUAAAUUAUGAAACUCUCCUUAUUUCGUUCUUUUUCUAAAGCUCCAAUUAGUGGAGACGCACCCCGUCGUCCUCCUCAACCACAGGACAGACUUGUCUUGUUGCACAAUAUGAAUAGAUUAUUGGGUGUCGCUGACGUUUGAGUGCUUCAGCAAGAAUGAGUCAAAAGGGGGGGAACUCCGUCAACAAUAUAGAAAAGUGAAUUUAUUCAAAUCACAUUGAAAAGACCAUAGUCACCUGUUCAGGAUUGUAUAUUGUUUCACUAUGAGCAUGCCUUUUCUCUCGUCAUCAGGUGUAACCUUGCUGUGCUAUAAACGUCUCAAUUUGUUGAACAUGUUGCCACAAUUCUACAUAAUGGCAUAUAUAUACACAUUUUAAAUAUGGCCAAGAAGCAUAUAAGAGUGGAUUAUAUAUAUUAUUGAAAAUGUACAAACUGAUAUUAUACAAUAAAAUGACAAAUCUGCGA